AUGGCGGCGCGGGCUCAGACCCGGGCCCUGGCGCUGGUGCUCUGGGGCUGGGCGGUGGCCCCGGCGGGAGCCCUGGACGCCAUGGGCCCCCACGAGGCCGUCCGUCUGGCCGAGCUGCUGACCCCGGAGGAGUGCGACCAUUUCCAGUCUCUCCUGAAGGCGCCGGAGCCGGACGUCGAGGCCGAACUGGCCCGGCUCUCUGAGGACCGGCUGGCCCGCCCUGAGACGCCGGCGUCCACGUCCGCGCCGCGGGGCCGGUUGUGGCGGCGGCGGCGGGCGGCGGCCGAGCCCGCGGAGGUGUCGGACGGCUGCCGGGAGGGGCUGGCGGCCUGGCUGGCGGCCAAGGCCUCCACCCUGUCUUGGGACCGCGUGGCCCGUGCUCUGCGGCGCAGCGGCCGCCCGGACGUGGCCCGGGAGCUGGGCAAGAAUCUCCACCAGCAGGCGACGCUGCAGCUGCGCAAGUUCGGCCAGCGCUACGUGCGGCUGCCCGCCGCCCCAGCCCCGCGCCCCCGCCGCGCCUCGCUCCCCGAGCCCGACUGGGACGGGCUGCAGCUGAUCGUGGAGCGUCUGCCGCAGGCGCCCUACGAGCGCAGCCCCACCGGCUGGGUCGGGCCGCUGGCGCUCGGCCUCCUCACCGGCUUCGUGGGGGCGCUGGGCACCGGGGCGCUGCUCAUCGUGCUCACGCUGUGGCUCACGGGCGGCGACGGCCCCGGCCCCGGCCCGCAGCCGGGCCCCCGUCCUCCCCGGCGCAGGCCCGCCCAGGCGCUUGGCGCGGCGGAAGCGAGGCCGCUCCUGUCUGCGGAGCGGCUCCAGCCACCGCCGACGAGGGCCUGGGCCGCGCGCUGGCCCGGUCCCCCCUCGCCUCAGUGUCCCCGGCUGUGA